AUGUAAACGUUUAGUUAAUUAUAUCACCAAAGAUUAACUGAUUUUGUUUUGGUAAACUUGAAAGAUGCGUAAGAUAUGUAGUACUGCUUUAAUAUCGGCAGUUUUGGUUUUGGCUGCUGAGGCAAAUGUUGGAAACAAGCUGCAGCUCUUCGAUAUUUUGGAUGAACGAAGUAACUGGGGUGGGUUGGGUUUGUCAGCUGACGUUAACGAAUAUGUGGACAACACGAUUCAAUUGUUAGUACCCUUUAUGAAGGCUAAUGGCCUCGAUCCUAUGGAGUUACCUGAAAUUACAGAGGGCUUUUCAGUGAGACCUAUCCUGAUUACAUACAGUGCAUAUCUUACAAUUCACGAUGGUUACAUGACUGGUUUGGGGAAUGUAGCGCGAACCGGAGAUCAGAGUGUCAAUUAUUUCGCCAAGAUGUUGCGUGUCCGAGUAAAGCUACAAUUCUCUGAUUUGGAGUUUGUUUUCAGAUACUUAGUAAGAGUAAUGAACACUGGCUUAUUAAGAGCAAGGGGAGGUGUCAUCGGCUCUCUGAAUAGAUUCGUGGUCACCGUAGAUUUGCUAAUGGACUUCAACAACGAUGAGAUCCAUCUUCAAGAGUUCUCUCUCACCGACAUUGGACGUCUGCGUGUGCGCUUGACUGGCAACAUCUUGACCGACUGGUUGAUCAACCCUGUGAUCAGAGUGUUCACCUUAAUCUUCGACAACAUGAUCAUGAGGAUCGUGGCUAACAACAUUAGAUCGGCGAUCCAAGAUGGUAUCGAUGUCAUCAACAUUGGGGUUAAGAACAUUAUCCAAAAUCUUGAAGUUUACAGUAAGAUGAUAUUCAUUGCGACCGAUUCUACUUUAUAAUAAUGAUUUUGAAUAAGAUGAACCUUUUGCUUGUCAAACUAUAUAUUCAUUUACACUUUUGGAUAAAACCACGCGAGGCUGCCUUGCUGUGCGAGGAGGGUCCUUUAAAAUGAAAUGCCAAUAUGUAGUGUGUGCCAAAUAAACCUCAUUAUCAAUUAA